AUGCCGGAGGUGGUGGACAAGGUGGAGGAUUCCCGGGAGGCGGCGGACAAGGUGGAGGAUUUCAGGGAGGCGGCGGACAAGGUGGAGGAUUCCCGGGAGGCGGCGGACAAGGUGGAGGGUUCCCGGGAGGCGGCGGACAAGGUGGAGGAUUUCAGGGAGGCGGCGGACAAGGUGGAGGAUUUCAGGGAGGCGGUGGACAAGGUGGAGGAUUUCAGGGAGGCGGCGGACAAGGUGGAGGAUUCCCAGGAGGCGGCGGACAAGGUGGAGGAUUUCAGGGUGGUGGUGGACAAGGCGGCCGAUUCCCAGGUGGUGGUGGACAAGGUGGAGGAUUUCAGGGUGGCGGUGGACAAGGCGGCCGAUUCCCAGGUGGUGGUGGACAAGGUGGAGGAUUCGGUCAUCAUGGAGGAUUCGGUGGUCACGGUGGUCAUCACGGAGGAUUCGGUGGUCACGGUGGUCAUCACGGAGGAUUCGGUGGUCACGGUGGUCAUCACGGAGGAUUUGGUGGUCGUGGUGGUCACCGUGGACGAUUCGGAGGAUGAUGCCAAUGUCAUAGUUGAUGAUGAGCCUGCAAAGGAAGAUGUCAAGAUUGUUGAUGUGAAGUAUGAGACUCCAAAGCUUAAAGGUUCUGGGCCCACUUAUUUUGCCGACCAUUUUGACGAUGAGAAGGCCUCUGAAUCCCAAUGGAUGAGGUCACAAGCCAAGAAGGAUGGUGUUGAAUCUGACAUUGCAAAGUAUGAUGGAAUUUGGAAAGUAGAGGCCAUGAGCAAGACUGCGUUACCAGGAGACUAUGGUCUAGUCAUGAAGAGCAAAGCAAAACAUUCUGCCAUAUCAGCAAAGCUGGACAAGCCAUUUGUAUUUGAUUCAAAUCCUUUGAUAGUGCAAUAUGAAGUUGCCUUUCAGAAUGGUCUAGAUUGUGGAGGAGCAUACAUCAAAUUGCUUUCCAAGGACUCUAAUCUUUCAUUGAAGAAUCUACAUGACAAGACUCCAUAUACCAUCAUGUUUGGUCCAGACAAAUGUGGCCAUGAUUCCAAGCUGCACUUCAUCUUUCGCCAUAAGAACCCAUUGACUGGAGAGUUUGAGGAGAAGCACAUGAAGAAACCAAGCAAGAAGCUUGAUGAUGAAUUCACUGACAAAGCCUCUCAUCUGUAUACUCUCUUCCUUUACCCUGAUAAUUCCUUUGAGAUUCAGGUUGAUCUUCAGAAAUUUGCAUCUGGGAAUCUUUUGGAGACUAUGGAUCCGCCAGUGAACCCUCCUAAAGAGAUAGAGGACCCAACAGAUAAAAAGCCAGAUGAUUGGGAUGAACGGGAAAAGAUCCCUGAUCCGAAUGCUAAGAAGCCAGAUGAUUGGGUUGAAGAAGAAAUGAUUUUGGAUGAGUCUGCAACAAUGCCUGAUGGCUGGUUGGAAGAUGAGCCAACAAUGAUACCUGAUCCAGAUGCUGUCAAGCCUGAUGAUUGGGAUGAGGAUAUGGAUGGAGACUGGGAACCACCACUGAUUGAGAAUCCCAAAUGCAUGGAAGCUCCUGGCUGUGGGGAAUGGAAACAACCAAAAAUUGCCAACCCUGCAUACAAAGGACGCUGGUAUCCACCCAUGAUUGACAACCCCAAGUACAAGGGAAAAUGGGCACCUCGUGUCAUUUCUAAUCCCAAAUACUUUCAGGAUGAUCACCCUUUCCACAUGACAACAGUGGAUGCACUGGGUUUUGAGCUCUGGUCAAUGUCUGACAAUAUCUACUUUGACAACAUCCUUGUGACAAGUGAUCCAGCUACUGCACUGGCUUGGGCUGAAGAUACUUGGAAACUGAAACAAUGGACUGCUGUCACAACAGAUGGUUCUCUGUGGAAACAAGCAGUUGCCUACACAAACAAGUAUCCAUGGCUUUGGGCUAUCUAUGUUUUAGUCUUUGGCCUCCCAAUAGUCCUCCUCAUCACAUACUGCACAGGUGGAUCCAAGGCUGAAUUGGACGAAAUAGCACGGAGGAAGAAGGAGGAUCCUCUUGUGCCAGAUGAUGAAGGAGCCAAAGGUGAUGGAGAUGAACAACUCUCUUCAGACAAGAGCCCACAAGAUGAAAAGGAACAUGAUGAACAUGCCACUAGGAAGAUGGAUUUGGAAGGGGAAGGAGGUGGUGAUGGAGAUGCAGGUGACAGUGAAGGAGAAGAUGAUGCAGAGGAAGCUGACAAGAAGGAAGAUUCCUCUGCUGGUGAAGAUGCUCAUGAGGAUGGCAGUAGUGGUGAUGUAGAUAAUGAUGAUGUGAAUGAUGGAGGAGGGAGUGGUGAAGAUGGACGGAGAUCAGCCCGGAAACGCCGGCCACGUAAAGAUUAGUAGUGCCAACUUGAUGGGAUCACUUCUUUUUAUGUGCACCUGCCUCUUCUCACUGCAUCAACAUUGAGGCAAUCUGUGAAAUUUCCCAGUGAGAAAUCUUGAUCCCAUCAAGUCCCCCACUUCACUUGUCUAUUCCCAAGCCGUGAUACGAGUCAGUCAAAGGUAUCAGCGUGGUCGUGAUAUGAUGACUUCUCUCAAUGGGGGGUCCAUGUGUCUUCUCUUCCUUCUUUAUCCUCCAUUUUCACGCAGUAAAUUUAUUUAUUUUAUAUGCCAAAAAGUAUGCAUAUAUGGAUGGGUAUGGAUGCAGCUACCUCUAUUCAAAAUGUGGCUGAUUGUGUAUGUGAAAUCCCAAGUUGUUCCCCGCCUCAUAGUGCAGACAGUUUUAGUAAAGAAAAGUUCUAUCUCCAUCUGUUGAAGUCUCAAUGACAUUUUGACAUCAGUGGAAAAAAAAAAAUUUGGUUGAUAUCUGAGUCUGAGGUUUGUUUGAGAUCUCUGCAUUCUGAUAGAAUUGGAACAUCUUUGCAUUGUAUCAUCCAUAUCAUAGCCCAACUAGAUGGGGAUGGG